AUGGCUGCCUUGAUGAAACCCAUAUGCAGCACAGAGACUUUGGUACAGCAUUAUUCCACAGGAGACGCAGAGCCCAAACUGACCAACAGCGCAUCACUUACUAGCCCGUCUUUACCUUCUUCGGAUAGCUUGGAAAAUCCAUCAACUGCGAAGCACCCAUGUUUGAGUGAGAACAAAGCACAUGAAGAUAGCAGCAAGGUUGGCUUACUCUGCUUAGGCUCAGACUGUUCAGAUCCGGAACAGCUCCUGUCUUCUUUAUCCAAGCUAACUCUAGAUACAAACGACAAAAGUAACUUCUGGGAUGAGAAAUAUUGUUUCUCGGAUGUCGAG